GAGGUUGGAGAGAUACAAGGAAAAUUCCAGCAGAGAGUCCAAGAGAGACAGAAAGAGCUUCAGGAGCUCAGAGAGGCUGUGGAGACUCACAAGCGCUCUGCACAGGCGGCAGUGGAGGACAGUGAGAGGAUCUUUACUGAACUGAUCUGCUCCAUUGAGAAAAGCCGAUCCGAGGUGACACAGAUGAUCAGAGAUCAGGAACAGGCUGAAGUGAGUCGAGCUGAAGGACUCUUGAAGCGACUGGAGCAGGAGAUUGAUGAUCUGAGGAGGAAAGAUGCUGAGCUAGAGGAGCUUUCACACACAGACAAUCACAUCCAUUACCUGCAGAGUGUCCAAUCUCUCUCCGUUCCUCCUGGAUCUACAGACAGCAUCAGUAUUACUUCUCUCUCUUUUGAUGAUGUGGAGAUAUCUGUCGCACGGCUAAGAGGGAAUCUGGAGGAUUUUUGUGACGAGGAGAUAGAAUAUAUAUAUGAUAAAGUGAGUUGCAUCAAAAUCAUUUCCACCACUUUACCCAAAACCAGAGAGGACUUCUUACAGUAUUCCCAUCAACUGACUCUGGAUCCAAAUACAGCGAAUAAAAAAAUCAGUCUUUCUUGGAGAAACCGAGUAGCUACUCGCAAGCACACAGUCCGGCCGUAUCCUGAUCAUCCGGACAGAUUUGAUGUCUGGCCUCAGGUGUUGUGUAGAGAGAGUGUGUGUGGACGCUGUUACUGGGAGGUGGAGUGGAGUGGGGGUGCGGUGGGUAUAUCAGUGUCAUAUAAGAGCAUCAGCAGGAAGGGACGGGUGAUAAAUUUGGAUGUAAUGAUCAGUCCUGGAGAUUGUUCUGCUCUUGCUCCAAAUACCUGUUCUGUAGCAAUUACAAAAAAAACUAAACUCAAUGUAAUGCCCAAGUCUUCUACAAUAGGAGUGUAUGUGGAUCACAGUGCAGGAAUUCUGUCCUUCUACAGAGUCUCUGACACAAUGACUCUCAUCCACAGAGUCCAGACCACAUUCACUCAACCGCUCUAUCUGGGGUUUUUGUUAUAACAGGGAUCAUCAGUGAAACUGUCAAAAUAAUUGGCAAAAUAAGUGUUGCACUGCUUCAACAAAUAAUGCUUAUUAACAUAGUUUGAAGCUGCAUGAGAAACAUUAAUGUCCGUUACUUUUUAAUCAGUAAUUCUGUACUGUAGUCCAAUGUUGAACCUAGCUGAAAAGUGACAUUUUUAAUUUUUAUUAGAAAUCAUUGUGCCAUAUCAACUCUGUAUUAAAUUUGGAUUCAUUUUUCCCAUUGCAGUCCUAUACAGUAAAAAAAUUAACAAAAUUCUAACCUUUCAUUUAAGUAAAACAAUUGAAAGUGGGGGGGAAAACUCGCAUUAUGAAAUAAAUGUUUUUCUCUAGUUCACGUUGGCCACAAUUAUUGGCACCCAAUUAUUGCAACGUUCUUUAGCCAAGAUAACAGCUCGAAGUCUUCAUCUAUAAUGCCUGAUGAGUUUGGAGAACACCUGAAAAGAUAUCAGAGACCAUUCCUCCAUACAGAAUCUCUCCAGAUCCUUCAGAUUCCCAGCUCCAUGUUGGUGGUGCUUCUCUUCAGUUCACUCCACUCAUUUUCUGUAGGGUUCAGGUCAGGGAACUGGGAUGGCCAUGGCAGAAGCUUCAUUUUGUGCUCAGUGACACAUUCUUGUGUUGGUUUUGAUGUUUGUUUUGGAUCAUUGUCCUGAUGGAAGAUCCAACCACGGCCCAUUAUAGGAUUUCUAGCAGAAGCGGUCAGGUUUUGAUUUUUAUCUGUUAGUAUUUGAUAGAAUCCAUGAUGCCAUGUAUCUGAACAAGAUGUCCAGGACCUCCAGCAGAAAAAUAGGCCCACAACAUUAAAGAUCCAGCAGUGGGCAUGGGGUACUUUUUAUCCCUGUUUGCACCAAACCCAUCUGGUGGGUUUGCUGCCAAAAA